GUAGGUAGAUAUGAAAAUAAUAGACAACCUAAUGUAAUCGUUCAGGCAGUUUUAAUUGAAAAAGACAUAGUUAAACUUUGGACGGAGAUAAGAUAUUAUGAAAUUUAUGGUGAUUGCAAUGCAAAGAGCACUUCUUAUUCUAUUUCCUCCCAAUCUUUCUGCAAAAUGGAUGCUUUAUU